AUGUCUGUAUAUCUAAGUCCCAACAAUUCUCUUGGAUUUAACCGUCCUCUUACCACCCUCGUUAAGAGGGCGCUGAUUAUAACUAAUCCCCAUGCUCAACCCGUAGCCUUCAAAGUUAAAACUACCGCUCCUAAGUUGUACUGCGUACGACCGAAUUCGGGCAGGAUAGAGCCGGGUGCAACUGCUGAGGUUGCUGGUGCGUCAUUGGUCCUCUUCAAACGUUGGGAACUUGAUAUUAGCCUUGCAGUAAUGUUACAACCUCUCAAGGAAGAACCCCCGCUAAACGCAAAAUGCAAAGACAAGUUCCUAAUCCAGAGUACCCUUGUAACCCCGGAAAAAGAGCAGAAGCCGUUGGGAGAGAUUUGGACGGUUCCGGAAGGAGACACCAAUGAGGCUAACAAGAUACACCAGUUGAAAUUGAAAGUGGUUUAUCUACCUCCCGAAGGCCAGGUGUUGGAGGAAGAGGAUGAGAAUUUGGCCAAUCAGAGCUCAAUCAUUCCCGACUCACGGCAAUUUGACACUGUUCGCCAACAGCCAACAGCGAAUGGACACGAUAUCCCCGAAUUUGCUCUAGAAGGUGAACCAAGUACACUACAACACCCAGAGGAGGAAGAACACCACGAUGCCCACGAGGAAGUGCCAGUUCCUCCGGUCUCUGUCUUCAUCCAGCCCCCUCCUCCGGAAGUUGCUGUCCCCGAAUCUGCCACACCAGCUAUUGCUCCUGUCACCUCAACACCUGCUGCGCCUGUUGUACCCCCCCUCCCGGAUCUAACCGAGGAACUGAUGGAUGCUCGGGCAGAGAUUGAUAGACUGAGAUCACUCUUAGCUGCUGCUGCGCCACCCCCGGAGCUCAGACAACGCACAAGGAGGCUUUCGGAUGACAUCACCAUCGCUCCCAGUGAUGUCGGCACCAUGGUAGAGGAAUUACCUAUGCCUCAAGAUGGUGUUCCCCUGCAGGUCGUGGUGAUCAUCUCGUUAGGAGUGUUCAUAAUGACAUAUCUGUUCUUUUAA